AGCACCAGCGGUUUCAUGGCCCGCAAAGCCUUGCUCCAGGAGCAGGAGCUGCCAAGGCAUGGCCCCAGGGCCAGGAUCCUGCCCUCCGCCCUCCCCGUCACAGACGCCAUCAGUCAACGAGAGGCUUCGGGCAGCAGAAGGCAGCGUCCCAAGGCCAGUCCAGCACCAAAAGGGCCUGUCCCCAGAGAAGCCCCAAGGCCUGGGCCCAGCAAGUGUGUCGCCAUUGACUGUGAGAUGGUGGGGACAGGCCCCCAUGGGCGUGUGAGCGAGCUGGCCCGCUGCUCUGUGGUGAGUUACAACGGUGAUGUUCUCUACGACAAGUAACUGCGGCCUGAGAUGCCCGUUGUGGACUACCGCACCCGCUGGGGCGGCGUCACCCGCCAGCACAUGCGCAAGGCCAUCCCCUUCCAGGUGGCCCAGAAGAGGGCCUUCCUGCCUCCUCUCCUCACAGAUCCUCAGCUCUUGAAAGGGCAGUUGGUGGUGGGGCACGCACUCAAUGACUUCCAGGCCCUCAGUAACGUUCAUCAUCCUCGGAGCCAGACCCGGGAUACCACUUACGUCCCAAACCUGCUCAGUCAUCCCAGCUCCCACACCCGAGCUCGGGUCUCCCUUAAGGACCUGGCCCUGCACCUGCUCCACAAGAGAUCCAGGUAUGUAGGACAUCAGGGACACUCGUCUGGAGAUGCCAUGACAGCCAUGGAGCUCUACAAGCUGGUAGAGGUGCAGUGGGAACAGCAGGAGGCCGACAAUGCCAAGGCCCCACCCCGAGGACGGCAGCCGACAGCAGCACUGACGUGGAGGGAGCAGUACAUGGAGGACCAGUACUGGCCGGACGAGCUGGCCCAGAGCACCAGUGGAGACAUAGGGGAGUGAGAGGACAGGAGCCUGCGGGUGCCGGAUGGGGCAGGGAAGCCGGGAGUGGUCUCUCUAGGCAGACCUGGGAGAUGGGGUCAGGGCACUCCCUGCCCACAUGCAGUCGGGUUCACAGCACCUUUGGUAUCUAAGGGAUGCUUUUCUUCAAUACCCUGUGGUUUUGCAAAGGACACUAGUGUCGGUAGUGCCCAGGAGGUGCAGGAAAGUGCCACAGGACUGUCCAAGGCUGUCCCUGGCUCCCUGAGCCAAGUCUGGGCUCAGUGCUCUGCUGCUCUGGGGAUAACAGCGUCUCCCUGGGGUACUGAAUUGCUGUGGGUGUCCCUGGAGCUCCCUCUCUCCCUCUGGCAGGGUGAAGUUCCGCUGCUGUUGCCACCACUCUCCUCUACAGAUAUGUUUAGGAUCAUAAUAACUUAAAUAGUUAAGAAAGCCCUUUAAAGAAGACACCCGUUUCCCUGUCCCUUACUUUCUUAGAUGUCCUAUGCCCUAAGGAUAACUUUGGGUUCCG